GCAAGUGUGCGGGUUAAACGGUGGCGGCUGCCGCCUGCUGCAGACUGAGUGAAGAUGGCGAUGAGAGCAGCGCUGCGGUGCCUCUCUGUGAACUUUUCUCCCAGGCUGCCCAAACUCUCGUCCGCAGCGCUGCUUUCAGCAACUCGGCUGGCGAACAGGAGCUGCUCCCAGCGGACCCUGACAGUGACCUCGGGCCAAUGCGCAGCGCUCAAGUUCACCGAGAAGCAUGAGUGGGUGCUGGUGGAGAGCGGAAUCAGCACUGUUGGUAUCAGCAACUAUGCUCAGGAAGCCUUGGGUGAUGUGGUUUACUGUGGACUCCCUGAGAUCGGCGUCAAACUUGAACAAAUGGAUGAGUUUGGUGCCUUGGAAAGUGUAAAGGCUGCCAGUGAGCUGUACUCACCGUUGACAGGGGAAGUGACAGCAGUCAACAAAGAGCUGGCCGACAACCCAGGACUUGUGAAUAAAUCCUGCUACGCAGACGGAUGGCUAAUCAAGAUGACUGUGGAAAAGCCUGAAGAACUCGAAAAGCUCAUGGACCAGGCUGCUUAUGAUAAAUUUGUUAAGUCACUGGAAGAAUAAAUCAACACAUUUGUUUGCGAUUAUUUGUUCUGCAACUGCUGUCAAAGAUGUUCAGACAGGGUUAGUAACAUCUGCAGCAACCUGUAUCAUUCUUUGAGGUGUUUAUUUUAUGAACUUUUGAUAAUGUGUUGUAAAAUGUUUAAAUACCCAGAAUGGUUUGUGAUCUGCCAGUAAAUCUAAAGGGCCCUCAUCCAUAUCAUUGGAUCUCUUUUCUUGUAAUCCUUGCCCUGUUGUUAAAUAGUGCAGAGAUUUGUUAAAACGCUGGAAGGUUUUGUUUUAAAUUCAUUUAAUAAAAGAUAGGUCUUUAAGAUGGA